UUGAAAACCCACACCCCAUGGUUCGCUCGCUUGUACGGAGUAUAAUUACUUCCAGCCACGACGCUCGUCCCGUCAAACAAUUUUUAGCACUACCACCAUAAUCCUGGGCACAUCCCAGCAAGCGAAGAUGGCACCGACACUGACGCAGAUGUUCACAAAAGAACUCCAGUCCUUCAGAUCCCCACCCGCAAAACAGACGGCGCCGAUCCCAAAGGUUGGCGAGCCAGCACCUUCGCAUGAUAGACUGCAGCUCCCAGACAAGCCCACAAUAGUGGUCUUCCUGCGACACUGCGGCUGUCCAUUCGCCGAGAAGACCUUCCGCAACCUCACCGCCUUCUCCGUAAAGCACCACCCGCAGAUCCACUGCAUAGCCGUCUCGCACAGCGACGAGCCCGCCACGACGGACUGGGUCGAGCAUGUCGGCGGUGCUUGGGAGACAGACGUCGUGGUCGACGACGAGCGUGAUGUCUACGCCGCCUGGGGGCUGGGCCUGACCUCCUACUGGCACGCCAUCGGGCCCUUCUCUAUCUACAACGCCGUGCAGCUCGGCAAGACCGAGGGCAUCUGGAACAGGACCACGGAGAGUGGCACGCGGUGGCAGAUGUCCGGGGCCUUCGCCACCGACAGGAGGGGCGUCGUGCGGUGGGUCAGCAUUGCCCGCACCGCGAGCGAGAUCCCGGACUUCAACGCCGCGCUCAAGGCCCUCAUCGAGGUGCCGACCGAGGUCACUGCAGAUAUACCUGCCGAGGCUGCGCGUAAGCGGGGGUCUACGGGGGCGUCCAAGGAGCUGCCUCCUGAUCCACCUCGCGAGGCGCCCAUAGAGGUAUCUAAGGUGCCCACCGAGUCUUCUAGCGUGGUGCCUACUGACGCGCCUAGGGAGGUGCCCACUGAGACGUUUGAGGAGCAGGAGAUACCGCCUGAGGUGCCUCCGAAGGCGGCCAAGUUGCUGGGAGGAUUGCAGAAGGACACGCCUAGGGAGAUACCUGUCGAGGCAGCUCAAGUGGUGCCUCCCGAGGCGCCUCAGGAUGUGCCCACGGAGUACCACGUGGACGUGCCUGUUGAAGCAUCCAAGGAGCUGCCUCCCGACCCACCUAAGGAGGUGUAUUCGGAAGUGCACACGGAAGAGGAUGUGGAGGCACCCAGGCAGGUUCCCAUUGAGUCGGCUAGGGAGUUGCCCACCGAGGUGCACCCAGAAUCACCCGUGUCUAGGGAGUUGCCUUCUGAGGUGCGCCCAGAGUCGCCCAUGAGCGUUUACAGCGAUGCUUCUGCAACCGCGCACACGGAUGUCCCCACAGAAGCGAUUAAGGAAUUAUCGAUGGAGCCGACUAAGGACGAGUUCACUGAGUUGCCUGAGGAAAAGUACACCGAAGCACCUGGGGAGGUGCCUACCAAGUCACAAAAGGACAUUCCCACGGUGUUCCACACAAAUGAACCCGCCGAGGCAUCCAAGGACGUGCCAACAGAAUCCCACGUCGAAGAGCCCGUUCUGGCAUCUCAGGAAAUCCCUACUGAACCACACGAGGACGCCCCUACCGACUUCCAUAUCGAGGAGCCUAGUAGAGCGUCUCAGGAUGUGCCCACGAUAGUCACUGAGGCUCCUGCAGAGUUCCACAGAGAUGAGCCCACCGAGACGUCUAGCGAGAUAUCCACGGAGUCACCCAAGGAAGCCCCUGCAGACUUCCACGUCGAGGAGUCCGCCAGUGCAUCUCGUGAGGUGCCCAACAUGGUGACCGAGGUACCCGUGGAAGCGCCAGCAGAGUUGUCGUCCAAGGACACGGGCGCGGACGCGCGCACCGAGACGCCCGAGGUGCCAAUCAUGGUCACCGAGGUGCCUCCGGAGGUGCCCGAGGAGUUGUCAAAGGAGGUCCACCCCGAGCUGCCUGCUGAGCCGUCUAUGGAGGUGCCCACGAUCGUGCACACAGAGGCACCUGCUGAGCCGUCGAGGGAGGUGCCCACGAUUGUGCACACAGAGGCACCUGCUGACUCGCCCGUGGAGGCCGCGAAGGAGGCCGCGAAGGAGGCUCCAAAGGAGGUCUUGUAAACGAGCCGUGUCAGGGCCCCUCUCCGCAGUAUAUGAUCCAAUGUCUUCAGAAUGAGCAUAUGUCACUUUGGGAGUUUAGGUAGCAUUUGGGAGCAUAUAGAGCAUUCAUCUUAUUUUAGAUCAAUUGUGUCUCGA